AAACACCCCGAGCUCUGCGGAGGGCACAUCCUGUUUACUCUCCGAGCCACUGUAUGAGACUCGGUUUGUGUUCAAGUAUGUAAAGGAGAAACAGGCUGAGAUGUUACCGACUUCACUGUAAACGUAGCUCAACAAGGAAAACGGAAACUCCCCUGUCAGCAAUAACCAGCCAUGUCGUGCCGGGACAUCCACGCCACCAACGCUUUUGCCUUCAUCAUUGCUAUUUUGUCUGUAGGUGGGCUCACAGUGGCAGCAUUAAUUCCGCAGUGGCGCGUAACGAAACUCGUCACCUUUAAUCGCAAUGCCAAGAAUAUCAGUGUGUAUGAUGGGCUGUGGGCUAAAUGUGUGAUGCAGGAUGGCUAUUCAGGAUGCCUCUACUAUGAUUCAGAGUGGUACUCCAAGUUGGAUCAGCUGGAUCUGCGGCUUUUGCAGUUCUGCCUUCCCACAGGCCUCGGGUUCGGCAUUUUAGCCUUGCUGCUGUCCAUGACUGGGAUGUGUAAAACCUGUUGCUGCUCAGACAAGCCUGAACCGGACAUUAAAACAGUUAGAUUCCUGGUGAACAGUCCAGGUUGUCACCUGGUGGCCGGCAUGUUUUUCUUCCUGGGCGGCGCAGUCCCCAUUGCGCCCUCCGUGUGGUUCCUUUUCCGCACCAAGGAGAUGAACGCUAGAUAUGCCAACAUCUUCUCUGAUGGCUUUGCUGUGUAUAUAUCUAUAGGCUGUUCUGGAGGACUGAUGCUAGCCGCGCUGCUGAUGUUCAUGUGGUAUUGUAUGUGCAAGAAGCUGCCUUCACCUUUCUGGUUGCCCAUGUCCACGUCCAACUCCAUGUCGACCCAGCCUCUCAUUGCCAACGCACAUUCUCCUGCCUCAGCUUAUGUUCCGCAGCCUUUCCCACCACAGACUUUCCCUCCUACAGUAAUUAACGCCCAACCGCAUGUGCCCGCGCAGGGCUACGUGCAAAGCGUUAUUGCACCUGCUCCACCACAGGUGUACGUGUCUCAGGUUUCUGCACCGAAUGGCUAUGGAUCAGAGGUUGAAGGAAACCACGCCUAUGGCUACGCCCCCUCUCAAAGUUACGCUCCCUCACAAAGUUACGCUCCCUCGCAGAGCUAUGCCCCCUCGCAGAGUUACGCUCCCUCUCAGGGGUACGCAUCCAGCUAUACAGGCCACCGCUACUCCACCCGCUCGCGGAUGUCAGCAAUAGAAAUUGAUAUUCCUGUGCUGACGCAAGAGUAGUGAAAGAGGAGAGGCUGAUAACCUCAUCACUUCUGUCCAUGAACCUCUAUAAAUUUCACCACUGAUAAAACUAACAGAGUUUGAUAGAUGGAAGUCAGUCCAGGCCUGUGAACUGCUGAUGGCAGAGGAUGAGAAUCGGUAGAAACAGCCCUGGAUGUACCACAUGAAGGAUAAGAUUAACCUCGAAACUAAAACACUGCAUUCAGUUUAGUAUUGUUUUAAAAAAAAUACUUGUUUCACUGUUUUUUAUAUCAGAGUAUGAGCACUAAAUAAUAGUUUAUUACUUGCUGAAGUGGCUAAUGGACCAACCUAAUUUUCUGUUACAUUUGUGCUUGACACUUUAUCCUUAAUUUCAAGUGACCUUUGCUUGUGUAAAGCUUACAGUAUGAGGAUUGUCUGUUAUCACUGCUGAAGUGCAUUAUGGACUGCAAUUAACUUUGACUUCUGUGUCCUGAAUGGACAACUACUAACUAACUCACCUGUUUUUGUUCUAACACAAAGUGUUUAAUGAACUGUCACUUUGAAGAGCAGCUGUCAUAUCUUUGUUAAAUGCACUAAGUGUGUCUAUAAUGUGCCUGGUUUAAUUGCCAUUGUUUACCUAUGUUGUUAGCCUUGAGUCUAUUUUUUUUUUAUGUAAAGCCUCCUAUAUAGUACUUAAUCAUUUGAUAGAGCGUACUUUUCCAAGGUAUUUGUGUCAAAAAACAUCAAAAAGGUGCCACUAAUAAACCUUUUAGCUGUGUUCAGUCUGAUGUACAAAUGCAGUUAACAUUACUGUAUUGUCAGAAACACUAAGACAUCUCUAGUGUGGUAGAAAAAAACUUGCUAAUGUAGCUGGAAGCACUGAUUAAGGCUGUAAGUCAUGAUUAAGCCACAUUUGUUGCCUUCUUGCAGGUUCUGCGUAUGAAGUACUGAUCUUUAUGUGAUUCUAAAGUGAAAAUGUCAAAGAAACAUGCUUUUCUACACUGUUUUUGUUUUAAAUAAAACAUAA